GUGGAGCAAUGGGAAGCCAGCAUGCAGGAGUAUGUGACCAGCGGAAAGUUUGAAGACGGCUUCAGAGCGGUGGUUUCUAUGCCUUGGCUUAGGAAUGUACCUCGUGAAGAACUGAUCAAAGUGGUUAUGGACAUUCCGAAGUGCGAGGAGGAGGCUUGGGAGUUGAUGAAGAGUAUGGGCUUCAACAGGAGAAUGAGGAAGCGACUGGUUCACAAGGACUGGGUGAUCAAGUUCUACUCUGGAGCACGCUCUCAGAUUGACAAACUUUUCCGUCCCGUUGAUGCCAACAACACCAUCACCUUGGAUAUUGAUGAGCUGAGAAACUCGCAGUGGGAUAUGCUCAAGGAGGGCCGUGGGAUCUAUGAGUUGCUUCUAUGGGGGGCGGCUACGGGAAGGGUGGCUGGUAUGAUGGCCUCGCUACCAAAGGACCACGCAGAGCAACACCUGAGCCGUUUGAUGAUGAUUGCCGAGGUGGCUAAGCAAGGCCGCAAGAUGAUGUGCCAGAAUGUGGACCUUCCUGACGAUGGCGUGGCGGUGGUUUUAUGGGGCUCUUCGGAGGCAGAGGAGGACCACAGUGCCCAGGCGUUUCAAAAAGAAUGGUUCAAAAGGUGGUACAUCGAGAAUUGGCUGGACAACAUCUACUUCGAGCAGGGCGGCCUUGGACACCCGUUGAGGAGACCUACGACUAUGGUUACCAAUAUGGAUAUUUCAGAGCUCCGAGGUGUGCGCGAUGAACGGAGUGAAGAAGCUACUUGGGGCCAAUGGUCGACUUGGGCGGUGGAUAGAAGAGCCUGGGAGCGGCACUUGGCCAAUGACCACGAUUGCUACGUGAUGAGCGCCGAUACCUUGGGCCCAGUGAGAGUUGCGGGGCCAAAGGGUGAGAAGUAUGCUUUGGUGUUCACGUAUCAGUUCCCGAAACAAAAGAUGAGUGCCGAAGAUGAACCAGUUUGUGAGGCUCCAGAAGACGAAGAGAACGCGGUGUUUGAUGAGGACCUCGGUGAGUACGAACCUUCGGAACAAGAGGAGCUCAGUCAAGAGGAGCAACCAGAACCACAGGAACCUGGAUCCUUGGUGGGGCUUCGUGGUGCAAGAAAGAAACAUGCGGAAGCUGCGGAGGACUGGUGGGAGUUCAGGGAGGCGGCUGGUGUUCUAAUUCGACAUCAUGAAGUUCCACGACAAACAUUGUUUCGUCCAUCAGGUGCUAGCGGAUGUCCGGUACACCCUGGGAAAUUGGAUGAUACGCGAAUUACAGACAUCAAGUACAUCGGCGGCGGGGUGGAAACUGAGACCUCGGAUUGGCAUGGCCCUAAGUCAGGGGCAAGGAGCUUGGGCAGGAGCUGGACGGGCACUACAAGGUUCAAGGUUUCUAUGGCGGAGGUACCAGAGGAUGAGGCUGUUCUACAACGUGAUGAGGAACAGUGGGAGAAGUUGAUUGGGGACUUGACCAAGCCGGUGGAAAUGGAGACGAUCUACAUGGUAUAUCCCGUUCGUUCAAAGAGAGGAGGCGAUGCAAUGCUGGCUACUCAAGGGGCAGUACUGCGACUAAAGGUGUUGGGGCUGCCGGUGGCCAGGCUUCACACGGACAGAGGAGUGAAGCAUUGGUGCCCCAAACUAGCGGCGCAGCCGAAAGAGGAGUACGAUGGUUUAAGACAAGGGCCAAGGAGGAAGAUUUUCGGGAACAAUAAGAAGUACGACCUCACGGAUCGAUGGGAGGAGGGAAAGUACCUGGGCCUAUCGGAUACCAUCAAGGGUGGAGCUGUGGUUUUACGGGCAACAGGGGCCAUCACGGAGACUCUGAAUCUACGCGAAGGAGUGGUGGAUCCUAAGGCGCUGUUGGCUGCAGAAGAGGACGACGGUGGUGGUGGUGUUUUUUGUGAGGGUGAAGUUCCUAUUAUCGAUCUACCAGAAGCGGACCAUCGACUACGUGGCAAAGAACAACCUCCGGACCUCCCAGAAGUCCGAAAGGUGGCCGUGGAAGGUGAAGAGGUGAAGGAAAAGAAAGUGGUCAGUGGUUGGAAGAUGCGAGCUCUGGUCCAGCAACAAGAAAUGAAGGCGAAGAUGUUCUUCGAAAUGGGGAAGUUCGAUAAUUCGGCGUGUGCGGAGGUUCUGGGCGAGAUGGAGUUGUCGGGUACGAUGAGGUAUGAGAGGUAUGACAAAAGCUGGGCGGAGGAGGACGAGAUCUUCAACCAAUGGCAAGAGAGCAAGCAACCCGACGGAAAAGUGGUGGAGGGCACUAUCGUGAACAUUGAAGGCCGGGCAGCCGCGUUCAAUGCAAAGGAGCUACAUGCUUACCUCAACAGCGAGCCAGAGAGAUGGAUUAUAGCAGCCUUUACCCCGCUCGGAGCAACCUCAUUGAGUACGUCUACGGUGGCGCAACUUUCCUUAUGUGGUUUUCCACUGGAUGGUUCUGGUGUUCAAAGAGUACAUCUAUCUGAUGAAGAUAUGGAGUUGGAGGCUACGUCGUCUUCAGAUGAAGAGGAGGAGGAAGGUGUACUUGAGAAAAAGGUAUGCGUACUACGAUGUAUUCUGGAACAAGAGGCGCUUCAGGAGGAGAAGUUCAAGCACCUUGUGGAGGACAGGCUAGAAUGGGGUCAAGCCCGACUACAUGAACGUGAUUGUAAAGUUCUUCGGCAAGUUGCAAAGGUUUCUCCAGGAGAAGCGGGGGAUUAUGAGGUGGAGACGAUCCUUGAGAACCUCUCGGGGCCACUGGAGGUGGUACAUAAUGUCAGUUUACAUGAAGCACGUCGAUACAUUGAUCGAUGGCGCGGUGCUGUUAUGAAGGAGGUGGAUGCCCUUGUCAACAGUGGCACAGUUCGACGUCUUACACCAGAGCAAGCUCGGGAGAUGAAGGCCAAGGGAAUGGUUUUUCUACCGGGCAAGGCUGUACUCACAGCCAAACCGCCGAGCGACCAGAACAACGAGAGCGAGAAGUUCCGCAGGUGGAGGGCCGGAGCAACCGACAUUUCCAACGCCUUUACGCUAGCGCCUAUGCCGGAGGACAAGUUGUUUGGCAUGAGUCCGCCUUCAGUGGUGGUGGAGGAGUUCAUUGUCUUUGAGUGUUUGGAGACCGAAGAAAACGUAUGGAAGAUACUCUUUGAGGGGUGCGAUGAGGUCAAAGGAAUACUAUUGAUCUACGUCGACGACCUUUUGAUGUUGUCCACCACCCCGAUCAUUAAGGCUGUGUACCAGUGGCUUACAGAGGAAUGGAAGUGCUCCCCACUACAAUGGAUGGACGAGGAACACUUGAGGUUCUUGGGCGUUGAGCUAAGGCCGAUGGGAAGCGGAAUUCAUGUUUCGCAGUCUGGCUACAUUCGCGAUCUACUACGUCAACAUGGGGUGCAAGAAAAUCCUGGAAGUUUGACGGCACCGUGUGCAAGAGAAUGGCUACAAGACCCCGACUCCGAGGACGAUGAGGACCAGGGUGCGGAGGAGGCCGUGGUGAAGCUGGCUCAAAAGGCCACGGGAGAAAUCCUUUGGUUAUCUACCCGGUCAAGACCGGAACUGGCGCACCCGGUGGCAUGCAUGGCAUCAAGGGCCUUGAGGAAGCCGACCAAGACGUUGGAGAUUGCAAAGAGGGUCAUGAACUAUCUGUCCAAGACGGUCGAGUACGGGCUGCACUACGUCAGAGAUGAGGAGGAGGCUCUCCUAACAGUAUAUUCUGACGCCUCGUAUGCGCCUGGCGGCGGUCGUUCGUUUGGAUGUGUCAUGGCACAAGUGGCUGGAAUGCCGGUUUGCUGGCGAGCGUCGAAACAACCUAUAAUAACAUUGUCGGUUGCGGAGGCGGAGCUCUACGAGGCUGUAAGCUCAGUUCAACUUGGACUCGGAGUACUGGCUAUGCUGAAUGAACUGGGCGACAAGCCGGUGAUGCGGUUGAAGAUUGAUAACGCUGCUGCCCGGGGACUAGCUACAGAAUCACCUGGUAGCUGGAAGACAAGGCAUCUUCGACUACGGGCCAGGUUUCUUCGGCAAGAAGUUGCGGGUCAGCGGUUGAUCAUCUCUCACGUGCCGGGGGACCAGCAGAAGGCAGACUUAGGAACCAAGAGUUUUGAUGUGCCAAAGUUUCGGUCGCUACUAAGUUUGUGGAGGCUCGUUCCGUUCGAGGCCACAGAGGAGGUGAUCAUCAAGACGGCACGGAAGCUCAAUAACAAGAACAUUUUGUUGUUUGCGAUGGUGUGUUUUAUGAUGGUUCAGGGAGCUCGGGGAACUGCCAAAGAAGAUCUACAGCUUGAUGGUUCGCUUGAGUUCUAUGUGAUUGUGGUGCUGGGCGUUGUGGCUUGCGUGGCACUUUGGGAGGUGGUGAAGUAUGUUGUUGGCUGUGGGAAGUCGUGGUGGAAAUCAUGGCAGCGCAAGAACAAGAAGCUUGAAAGGCUAAGAUCAAGGGCCGAGGACCACGAGUUCAGCGACUACAAGACCUACGGAUGUGAUGUCUACAGGACCGGAUCCUCGUACACCGGUCACGGAUAUUCAAAGGGAUAUGGGAGAUACCAGGCCCGGGUGUAUGUCUCGAGCGGCGUCUACUACCAGAACAAUGGCUUCAACUACAAGGAGCACAGCAACGCAGACAGAGAUUCCAUAUAUGGGACCUCACUGGAUAGAUGCCCGGAGGCUGCAGGGGUUUGA